AUGAUGGACGGCUCGCACAUGGCCUUCGAUGGCCUGAUGGGCUCAGCAAAUAACUCGUCCAAUGACGAAAUGGCGAAUAUUCAUCUCGAUUUCGACACGCUCCUGUCCACCGAGCACGCACUGAAUUCUGGUCUUGGGCCAUAUGAACCAUGUAUCCACGACGACUCUUGCCUCCACUUUACACAACCUAGCAAAGCUCAGGGCAAGUCGCAAGGAAGUCUUGCACAAACGCCACUGGCCACUUCAUCUUCCACUCUUGCCCGGAAUCGACCCGAAUCCAACCGUACGAAACACGGCAGAGCGAAGAGCCAGGUGGACAUCCCGUCCAAUCUGGAUCACAUGCAAGAUUAUUCGUGGGACAACAUCUUCGACGACAGUGCUCUGAAUGUGUGUAACCUUCAGGGAAGUGGUGGUCUUGGCCUCUGCAAAGAUGAUGACUGCGUAUCCAUGUCUUGCAGCUCAGCUUGCGAGGGCAGUUGUCCUAGCCAGUGUGGCGAAACUGGCCACGCUGUUUGUUGCGAUGACGAUGCCUGUGGAAGCCCAAAUCUUUGUGUCGACGAGCAUUGCGAAGGAGCAAGUCAGCCUUGUACGGAUGAAAACUGCGUCGUGGACCCAUCUAUAAACCAACAACAAUCACAACAUUCAUCUGCUAUGACCGAUGGCGACAAGGCGGCGGCAGCCGCGCUUGCAUCGUUUGGCGGUAACAACCUACAUGCCGUUCAACAAGGCCUCGCCCAGCAGCCACAACACCACUCAACAUCGAGAGACGGGUUCAUAAACUUCGCAAAUCUGCCACAUAGCUUGCCAUGUGGCAGUCUUUCCAUGGACUCUAUAUUUGCAAACGUAAACGGUCACCCGAGUUUCCCUAACCAGCCAAUUCCGACGCCUCUGGAGUAUGCUCUGGCAAACCAUAUCAUGCAGUAUCACGACCCGUCACAUGGGCUCGCUAAUCAUGGAUCAUGCGUGGCCAACGACCCCAGUCAGUUAAUCACUAGAUGUACUUUGCCAAAAUUCAACCCCAAUGACAUGGCCAAUGCGGAUCCAUUUCUGCCUCAAUUACAGUCUCACGAGUGUGGUUUUCAAGUCCAGGGCCCUAAUGAAUUCGCCAACCACAUCUUCCAAGAGCAUGGGUCGACGUUCAUGCAGGGAAAUCAAUUUGCGUUCUCUGGCUCUUCUCACUCUCAUGGACACUUGACCAGCCCAACUUCUCACCAACACCAGGGUGGUCAUGGCCCUUAUUUCAACUAUAACGCGGCCCCUACCUCAAAACAUUUCUCUCCGUCAAUGUCGCCACUGACAAACUUGUCUAUGGGACCUUCAUUAUCCGCGACUCCGGCCUCGUUGCCAACACCGUCUCCUCUUGAUUCUGAACACCCUCUCACAGACGUCACGUCUACUGCCAAUGUUUUGAGUCCUUCGACUGAAUCGAAGCCUCAGGUCAUGGCACAGGAAGACCAGUUUCUUUGUCGAUGGCUGGUGGGACAGGGUGGCUCCAUUUGUGGACAACGCUUCGAGAAUGACGAACAGUUACAGAAACACUGCAAGCAUGACCACCUGAAGCAGUUGAAGAAGAUUAAUGGUGGCUUCAGAUGUGGUUGGGCUAACUGCACACGGAACACUUGCUUUACUCAGCGGAGCAAAGUUGAGCGGCACAUGCAGGUCCAUACCGGGUACAAACCCGUUCAAUGUACCAUUUGCGGAGCUGCUCUGUCAGCAAAGCAGGCUCUUGACCAACAUAUGAGGAUUCACACAGGAGAAACACCAUGGGUGUGCAAGUACCCCGGCUGUGGCUGCGCCUUUAAGCAGCAAAGUGCUCUUAAGUGUGAGAUUUGCGGCAAGCGGUUUAGCGAGUCGUCGAAUCUAUCCAAGCACCGGCGAACCCACAAUGUUAAGGGUAUGCAUGAGUGCCAGCUCUGUGGCAAAGAUUUCCACAGGCUUGAUCAGUUACGUCGUCACAUGGGCACAAACCAUAAGGACAGGCCCGCUGAGGUCGAUGCUCUUUUGAGCGAAGCUAGAAGCAAGAUCAAGGCGAACAAAGUUUCAAAACUGAAGAAAGCUAAAGCCAAGGGUAGGGAUGGCAAGGCCAAGCCUGAACUAUUGCUGAAUUUGGACGACGAAGAUGAUUGCAUGGACAUGAUUGAAGAUUCCAUCCAUACAGUCGCCAUUCAACCAUGA